AUGGCCCGACAUUCCCACUUCCAACCAGGUCGAGAACCACUAGAAGACCACAAUGGCCUGGAAUUAAGACGAUCCCAUGUCUCAGGCCCAGUGCAUUUCUUGAAUCCUACCUGGGCCCAUUACACACCAACCCAGCAGCUUAAACCGAAACGCCCAGGACUUGGAGAAGCCCAACUCCAUCCACCCAUUGAGCAUCUCUGGCGAUCGCGCGAUAACAGAAAAGGCCGGCACGCACUGCGCGUUGACAUAAAGGCCACUCCCCAAGAGACGGGCUAUACGGUUCCACCAUUAACACGUGGCACACUCGCAACAGCAAGGGGAAUUCUCCUCAUGUUCACAUACGUACCUUACUGGGACGUGUCAUAUCUGGUAGCGAUUACAUUCACAAUUGGCUCCAUAAUCUGGAUUAUCAACGCUUUCUUCGUCUGGCUACCUCUGGAAGAUCCGCAGACAGGUUUCCCCGGUGAAACGCUAACAGGGGGUGGCGUUUCCGCAUUUAUCGGCGCGACUGUUUUCGAGAUUGGAAGCGUGUUGCUGCUAUUGGAAGCUAUCAAUGCAAAUCAGACGGGGUGCUUUGGUUGGGCGCUUGAGUCUGUUUUGUCGAAAACAAAAUCUGGGGAAGAUGGACGUCAUUCACAUACGCCUGCUUCUACGAAGGUCAUUCCCAACAUGCGGGAGUGUCGGCAUCACCAUGCGGAUCGGAAGUCACUGUUUUUUGGCGGCCAUUCUCGCCCGUCUACUAGUCAUCAUGAAUCUUUGUCGAAUUAUCCUGGUUAUGUUACCUCGUCACCUGAUGGGAUGUCAUUUCAAUGGAUGCCGUCCAUCCUGGCAUUGCGCUCGCACUACUUCCAUGAACUGGGGUUUCUGGCAUCUUUGAUCCAAUUCUUCGCUGCAUCUAUUUUCUGGAUUGCCGGUCUUACUGGUCUUCCCGGCAUCUACAAUCAUAUGAGCCAAGGGCUUGCCGAUGGUGUAUAUUGGGUUCCUCAGAUUGUGGGUGGCAUGGGAUUCAUUUUGAGUGGAUUGCUGUUCACCCUUGAGACUCAGUCCAAGUGGUACCGACCCGCUUGGCAUGUUUUGGGCUGGCAUAUCGGUGUAUGGAAUUUCAUUGGUGGCAUUGGCUUUACUCUCUGUGGUGCGCUUGGGCCGGCGAGUAUGCACUCUGGGGUCGAGUAUCAGACUACGCUUGCUACAUUCUGGGGGUCGUGGGCUUUCAUGAUUGGAUCUACAAUCCAAUGGUAUGAGAGUCUGCAGAAGCAUCCCGUUGAAAAAAAGUGA